GGGGAGAGACCGAGGGCUGGUUCCGCUUCUUCCAGGGCAGAUGCUGCGGGCGGCGGCGGCGGCGCUUCCGCAGCGUCCGGGGGGAAGAUGAACUACAUGCCGGGCACGGCCAGCCUCAUCCAGGACAUCGACAAGAAACAUUUGGUCCUUCUCCGAGAUGGUAGGACACUGAUUGGAUACUUGCGCAGCAUUGAUCAAUUUGCAAAUUUGGUGUUGCACCAAACAGUGGAGCGCAUUCAUGUAGGCAAAAAAUACGGUGACAUCCCUCGUGGGAUCUUUGUGGUGAGAGGUGAGAACGUCGUACUCCUGGGGGAAAUUGACCUGGAAAAGGAGAGUGACACCCCCUUGCAGCAAGUGUCUAUCGAGGAGAUCCUGGAAGUGCAGCGAGUUGAGCAACAAGCCAAGCAGGAGUCAGAGAAGCUGAAAGUGCAAGCACUGAAGGAGCGGGGCCUCUCAAUUCCACGGGCUGAUACUCUAGACGAAUAUUAGACAAUUCAGCCUGGACAAUCGCAGCUGCUUUCAAGCUGUGGUCACAUUCAAGAGAUCUUGUACUUGACAGCUUCUUUAAUUUGGGGUGAUCCCCCCCCCCGCUAAAUUGAAAACAUAUAAUCAUGAGGUAUUAUUUUCUCUUCAGGAAAAUCAUUCUUCUGGAAGACCUAAAAAGACAGAUGCAGGCCCUCUCGGGCGAUCUGAUGUGAUGCAGCAGCUGUAAAGAGUGCCGGCUUGGGACAUCACAUUUCUUUCGUUGAACUUUUUUCCUGUUAUGUGACUUUGGAAUAGGAGGAAGUGGAAAUAAUCCUCCUGUUCUGAUAUGUAAAUAAAAGCUGGCUCAGCAUGGGUGUUGGUGAAGCUGGAACCCUUUCUGAGAAUUUG